GUGCAGGAGGUGGAGGUUGCCUCCGCGGUGUCUGAGCGGGUCCCAUGARUGAGGGAUGGCGCUGUGUACAGUGUGUGUGAGAGGGGCUAGCAGCCAAAGCUGCUCUGCGCAGGCAGGAAAGUUCGCUGGAAACACGAGCAGUGAUCUCAGCUCGUGUCAUGCGGAUGUCCAACACAAACAACGCGCGGACCACAGACGGCAAAUAACGAGAACUUCUCUGCAGCUGCGUGGAUGUUUUGAGGAAAUGCCUCCUUGUUGUUGAGGAGUCAAACUUCACGGUGCGCUGGCUUCGCUGCACGCCGCUGUUUCAAUGGACUGUCGCCUGCCUGUACCUCUCUGCAAGUUGGACAGAAACUCCUUGCGUGCUCAGAGGCAAGCGCUUAUGAGGAGUAUGACCUAGCUGCCGACGUUAUGGUGGUUUAAAACCAUGAACUCUCCCGGUGAGCAGGAGCUGACACCCUCAUCUCGGAAACGCCGACUCAUGGCUGCAGCGGUGCCCGGUGAGGACAGCCCGCUGCUGCGUAACGCUUCCAGGGCUGAUCGGAACGGACUGGGGGGUCUUGUUCACUGCUUCAUCUGUGGAAGCGGAGUGACACCUGGCAAGGAAUUAAAGCUGCAAGUGACUUAUAAGAAAGAGAGGUUUCCCUUUUUCCCGUUCCUCCAAAAUCAGGAGCCAGCCCCGGGCGCGUGUGAUCUGAGCCCGGAUGGACACGCGCUGGUGUGCGCCGUGUGCCACUGCUUUCUGACGGAGCAGUGGAACUCCUUCGAGCGGAGCAGGACGCCCAUCGAGAAGCGCAUGUACUGGUUGAAACGACCCUACCAGUGCGACUCCCGCCGGGUUCCGCAGGAGUGGAACAUCUCCUACGACCUGGAGAGGAGAAUCAGUGUCAGCAGCCAGAACUACGACGGGGGCGCAGAGUCGGAUUUCUCGUCUUUCUCUGAAAACGAGAACAUUUCGGACCAGGAGAUGGAUUUAGUCGACAGAGCGGGCGCGGGCAAAGAAAAGUAUCUGAGGACACCUGGCAAAUCGCCCAGAGACAGUAGCAGGAAAAACAAUGUCAUGAGUAUUAAAAACAGCCCAGAUUCACAGCGGGCAGUGCGCUACACGGUGGGUGUUUAUGACGCGCAGGGAUUGCCUAAAGCAGAAAGUGUUCAGCCGGCGAGGCGCGGGGCUAAAAUUAUGAAUAAUGUCUGUCAGUCAGCAGCAUCUCUGGUAAAGUCCCAGGAGAGAAUCCCUCAGCGAGGCUAUGACAAUCCUCCCUCUGACACACCUGUGCAAGACAACGGGGUCAUUAUGCGCAACAGGCGCUGGCUGGAGGAGGAGAAUGUCAGACAUGUGGAGCCGCGUCAGAUCCAGCGUGUUGCCGACAGCAGCUGUGCUCCAUCCAGACAUCCAGCGCUUCUGCACCGGGGGAGAGCCGAGGAUGACUCCAUGUCGUCUGUUGGUGCGGCUGCUGUCAUCUCUAAAUGUAACUUGGCUGUUCCCAGGGAGAAUAAUUACGACAACUCAGAUGAAGACGAGAUUAACAUCACCAGUGAUGAUGACAGGGGGGCGUAUGGCCGCAAAGCAGGCCCAAUUACACAGCUCAGACCUGUCAGAGACCUCUCAGGCAGGAAGAGUGCCCAAGCGCAUCACACUGCAAACUCCAGUCCUGAGGAGUGUGUGUGUUAUAUCUGUGGAACUGUGCUCAGACAGGAUGGUUACUUCAAAGUCAGUGUUCAGAAACAGGAGCGGGCCCAGGGAGAGCCUUUUUUCCCUUUUCUGUGGCUUCACUCGGCUCCCAGAGGUGCAGUGCCGAUCAGCCCAUCAGGCACUACUGUUGUCUGUAGUAGCUGUCACACCUCCCUCAUGCAGCAGUGGCAGAGCUUUCAGCUGGCUGAUGUGCCUGUCCUCCAGCGCCUGUAUGUUGUCCCCAUCAACCAAGACGCCAGUGCCCCCCAUCUCAACCAGCACACUACACAAGACGAAAAGACGCCAAGCUCCACAGAGUGCAUACCUGAACCCAGGGUUUCACAUGAAGCCUGUUAUCUCUGUGGUAAAGAGAGUAAAGCAGAUAUGAGAGUAGUUUAUGCGCAGGCCGGUGUUGGUAAGUCUCGCACGGUGAUGUACUUUCCUUUCAUCAACAUGCUGCCCUGUCCACCCAACGCUCAGCGGGUGAGGAACGGCCGUGUGCACUGCUGCCCGCAGUGCCAUUCCAUCCUGGAGGACAUCUGGGCUGCGUAUCGACUCAGCAUCAGCGAAGACCUCAUCACAUCUGUCAGCUCCUUCCUCGUCAGGUACCACGCAUCCAUGUCCGUCGACGGGUCCGGACCGGCCCACUCUCGCGCAGGAGUGAGCUCAGUCCCCAGCAGCUCAGUGUCCGUGUGUUACCUGUGUGGAGCCGAGCUGAGUGCAGGAGGAGAGCACCAGCUGCACGUGAACCCGCCCGGUCGUUGCGGAGAGCGGGAGCCUUUUUACCCAUUUCUCACAGUCCACCCACCUGCACCCGGGGCCAAGCCGGUUGACACCACAGGCCUGGUGUCGGCCUGCAAACUGUGUUACCAYGACCUGCACGCUCAGUGGGCCCAACACGAGAGCAAGGGCGUGGAUCCCUCCACCUCUGCUUCCUCUACUUUAUCCAGUGCCAACCUCCAGCCACCAAGCUCCCCGUGGGCCCGCCAGUACAGCUGCGAGGCCUUUGUGUGCUUCUUCUGCAGGCAGGAGCAGCGCAGGCAAGGCAGGCUGUGUGCUGUCACUGUGGCCCGGCUCCCUAUCUUCCUGUAUGCACCUCGUAGCCCACGGACACUCCUGGUGGACGACGGCAGGAGGCUGGUGAUUGGCUCGUGUGCAGAAUGCAAAGCUCUGGUGCAGGUGGGACAGAGCAUGCAGCAGGAUGGAGGUACACUGGGACGUGGAACCUCACAUGGAGAAAAGAAAGAUCCAGAAUCAGAUUCACCACAGUCCAGACACAAGGUCGGUGCAGUGAUUGCAAGUACAACUGGAGCCACUAAAGGGGUGAACUCGGGUUCAGGGGCUUCAGAACCUGCUCAUGACCGCACUCCCUCAUGCUCAGGAACCUCAGAAACAGAGAAAGCAGAGCAUCAACUUUCCAGUAAGUGCCUAAACUCUUGCAGACACAUGCACAUUGCUGAGUUGCUUUAUCUGUAAUCUGAAAGCUCGCUG